AUGGCGAAGCCAGUUUCAAUUGAGGUUUGGAACCCAAAUGGGAAAUACAGAGUGGUCAGCACGAAACCGAUGCCCGGAACCCGAUGGAUUAAUCUCUUGAUCCAACAAGAUUGUCGUGUUGAAAUAUGCACUCAGAAGAAAACAAUCUUAUCUGUUGAAGAAAUUAUUGCUCUGAUAGGCGAUAAGUGCGACGGAGUCAUUGGACAGUUAACUGAAGAUUGGGGAGAGACACUGUUCUCUGCGCUGAGCAGAGCAGGAGGAAAAGCCUUCAGUAACAUGGCUGUGGGAUACAACAACGUUGAUGUCAAUGCUGCCACUAAGUAUGGUGUUGCCGUUGGAAACACUCCUGGAGUAUUAACAGAGACGACGGCAGAGUUAGCAGCCUCACUUUCUUUAUCAGCAGCUAGAAGAAUCGUUGAAGCAGAUGAGUUCAUGAGGGCUGGCUUAUAUGAUGGAUGGCUUCCUCAUCUUUUUGUGGGAAACUUGCUUAAAGGACAGACUGUUGGUGUAAUUGGAGCUGGUCGUAUUGGUUCUGCUUAUGCUAGAAUGAUGGUUGAAGGGUUUAAAAUGAAUCUGAUUUACUUUGACCUAUACCAAUCAACCCGUCUGGAAAAGUUUGUCACAGCCUAUGGUCAGUUUCUAAAAGCCAAUGGUGAACCACCUGUGACUUGGAAGAGGGCAUCAACCAUGGAUGAGGUGCUUCGCGAGGCUGAUGUGAUAAGUCUUCAUCCUAUCCUGGAUAAAACAACUUAUCAUCUUGUCAACAAAGAAAGACUUGCAAAGAUGAAGAAGGAAGCAAUCCUGGUGAACUGCAGUAGGGGGCCUGUGGUUGAUGAGGUAGCACUUGUGCAGCAUCUGAAGGAAAAUCCCAUGUUUCGAGUUGGUCUUGAUGUCUUUGAGGAUGAACCGUUCAUGAAACCUGGGCUUGCUGACAUGAAGAAUGCAAUUGUGGUACCUCACAUAGCUUCUGCUUCCAAGUGGACUCGGGAAGGAAUGGCAACACUGGCUGCUUUGAAUGUCCUGGGAAAAAUUAAAGGAUACCCGAUUUGGGGUGAUCCAAACCGUGUAGAGCCAUUCAUGAACGAGAAAUCUCCACCACCUGCAGCAUGCCCAAGCAUUGUCAAUUCAAAAGCCUUAGGUUUACCUGUUUCAAAGCUGUAA